AUGAGCGCGUUCAAUGAUGGCUCGGAGGAUGUUGACCAGUUCCUCGCUCGCAUCGCCAGUCUCAGUAAGAAGAGUGGCGCCGAGGAUUCGGAGCAAACACGAAGAAUGGAGGAGCAGAGACUUUUAGCAAGAAAAGAGCGUGAAGCUCGUCGCGCAGGUAAGAAAUACCAAGUAGACUAUGGCCGGUUCUUUGCGCUGACCACGACGGCAGAGCGCGCACGCUCGAUCUCACCAUCCAAGACCGGACCAGCAGGGCAUGUGCCAUCGUCGCCAUCGUCCACCAUACGUGGCAUCCCGAUCGAUCCUCCAAUAACAUUGCAACCGACCUCCCGAUCACAGACGCCAUCAAUGAGCAGACAAACUAGUCCCACUCGCUCAGAAAGCCUGAGACCGGUGGCAGCCCUGAACCUUAGCCAGAGCAGAGAGUUACCACAGCCGCCCCAAGAUUUACAGCGAACCCCUCAGUCAGAGCCACCCGGGUCUGCUGGUCUCUCCAGGAGCGGGACACUAUCAUGGCAACAGAGACCAACUUCACGCGGUAUAGGAUCAGGAUUUGGGUCCGUGAGAUCGAGACCAUUAUCUCGCGAUCUGGACCGGCCACCAUCUCGUGAUCUGCAGCAGCCACGACCAGACAGCCCGAAAGCGAGCGUACCCGAACAAGUCGACGACACACCGUCUCGAAAGGACAUCGCGGCUGCAUUAGGCUCAAGAGAUCCCACGUGGUUUCGGCAGACUCAAGAUCGAGGUGUCGGCUCCGCAGCAUAUCGGAAAUCGGGGCAGGAUGAGAACGGGGUGGCGAUGCCUCCUCCACAAGCUCUACGACUGCCUGGCAUGGAGAGUGGCGCCGGUAGUCGCGAUCCAUAUCGCCUGCCCCCUGAUGGUGCCCAAAAGGACGCGCACGAGAGCAAGAGAGCUCCUUCAGCAUCCCCUACUAGGCACACUGCGGCAGCUUAUACCUCAAACGACGCAACGAAAGAGACUUCGAAUGCACCCGAUGCAUCUGGGCAAGAUGAGAGAUUGGGAGUUCAUCGUUCUUCGCGGGACUAUGAAACAGAUCUUGGGCGGACAUCUAGUGUGCUUGGUGGUCGCCCUCCCUCACCUACUAAAGGUCUUGGCGGCUUUGUGCAGAGUGCAAUGAUGCGCCGAUCGGACAGUGUCAGCAAGAGAUGGAGCGUGCAACAGAAUUCUGGGCUCAAGAGAGGCGACUCCAUUGCUAGCAACAAACCCAGCUUCAACCCAACUGCAACUCCAAUAUCCUCUCUAGGCCAUGCUCGGACACUGUCUCGGGAUCCGCGAGCCGUUCGCGAUGGCACUUCAUCCCCGUCGAGCGGCUCGCGGCCAUCAUCCAGUCACGGUGCCCUCGAUGCCACUUUGCCGACCGUAGACAAGACCAAAUCUGCGCCUGAAGGUCUUCCUUCGAGUGCUGAGAGCGCAAGACAAGACGAUAAAGCACACCCGGACAUGGUCAGCGGUGGUGACGAUGAACCGUACCUCAGCCGCAGCCCAUCCAAAACGAUGGACCCACGGCGCUGGAGUCCCACGAAGGCCAGCUGGCUGGAAAGCGCUCUAUCGAAGCCGGAUUCGCCACGAUUUUCUCCCACCAAAGAAGAACCGCCACCAUGGAAGCUGGAUAUGCAGCGGUCGAAGAGCAACAAAGACCUGGCAGAGGCAGGCAAGAGGACCAUUCCGCACGAGCCUGUCAGCACACCCAGCCUGCUACGCUCGCCGCCACCUGCGAUCAAAGCUAAGCCUCUUGACCUGCCGAAUAGUCAUGUAGCGGACGAUGCGACGAGGUCUGCCAAGUCAAUCGACUCUGAGAGUAUCCGAACUAAGGCAGAGGAGCCAGCGCCCCCAACAUCCAGGGCGUCGAAGCAAGCAUCUCCACCAACAAGUCCAGUGCGAUCUGAAAAGGAGGUUCCUAAGCCAGCAACUGGAUCGCUCUCCUCGAGCAAGAAAGUCUCAAUACCGGACGACAUUCCCUCGGAUGUCAAUCCCACAGUAGUCGGCCUGCCUUCGAAUCCUAGACCCUCUUCCGAUCGCAAGCCUCCCGUAGCAAAGCCGAAACCAGCCACUCCUCCGAAGACCGAUUUCCGCUCGAGCCUAAAGAGUCGUUCGACACCCACACCGAAAGCUUCUGAAGAACCCGAAUUCAAAGCCGUCUUCGGCAAGCUCAAGAAGGCUCAAACCCAGAACUACGUAGCGCCUGAUGAGUUGAAAGACAACAUCACACGCGGCAAAGCCGGUUUGGCCGUCACUGGAGGACCACAGCCUCGGAAACGUGUCGACGAGUUCAAGGAGAGCAUCCUAGCUAAGAAAGAAGAAAUGAAAAGUGGAGCAAGUAUAGCCGCACACAAGAAGGCUGACUCCAGAGACGCAUCUCCUGCGAAAGCAGAGCCUGAAAUACCGGAAGCUCUGCAACGUCGGAACACUCUCCACAAGUCCAAGGUUUCCAUCGAUGAGAAGAAGACCAUCGCGGCUGCCAAGGAUAGUCCUCGCAGCCCUCCACGCAUGCAGCCAAAGCCAAAGUCCUCGUGGUCGUCAACAAAUAACGCGACAGGCCUGACGGAGAAAGCUGCGAAAGCGCUGCAGGUAACGCAAUGGUCGGCGCAGGAUAACAAAUCUGAGCUUCCAACAUCUACGACGAACACGUCGACAGUCGCUCAAGGCAACUCUAUGCCGCAGGCGACUGGACCACGAGAGGAUACCUCUAAGACCAUCUCGCAUGCUGUGGCCGAGACCAACAAAAAGCUAGAGCCUAUAAGAUCGAAGGACGCACCCAAGCCAACGCUGCAAAGCUCCGCAGCGUUCACGUCACCCUUGAUCAAAGCUAAGUCGGUAGAAAAGAAGGCCGAAAGCGCUCCCACAGGCAUUGCCGCACGGCUGAACCCUGCGCUUGCCGGACUCAUUGCACGGGGUGGGAGCCCAAAGCCCGCCGCAAGCGAGUCUGUGUCUCAGACGACUACAGACAGUUCUAAAGCUACGGACGACCCGGCCAAUUUGACGCACAUGACCAAGGGACGCGCCAAAGGACCCAAGAGAAAGGCACCAAAAGCCGUUGCCAGUACCACAGAGUCCAGCAGCACAAAUGUAGGUCCUCAAACUUCGAGGCAGACCACGAAGUCGACUGCCGAUGUCGCAAGUCAAGGUGUUCAUGAUCUCCAUGAGAAGUUCAACGAUCACGCUCAACAGGCGACACCAAAGCGAGGCGCCGAUGUUGCCCCUGCGCGUUUUGCGGUAGAAGCAAAGCCCUCCUUUGUCUCACAGUCGAGGACUGAUAUCACCACGAGUGCUGCAAACCCUGCUCCCAAGGUGCAGUCGUUGCCGACGCCCAUCCCAUCAGAAGCUUUGGACUCAACGCCGUCCGAAGAACCGUCGAAAGCAAAGUCCCCGCCAGUUGUUGCUACCAAGUCUCCAGAGCUACGUCGAGUGUCUGGGCAAGUCCAGCAGCCGUCCGAAAAGACGGCAGCUCCUGCGACCAGCAAGCCAUCCCCGAAGAAGCCAUUCUCAAUCGCUUCUGAUGAUAUAUCGCAAUCAAUCACACCCAGUAGAACCACAGCCUCCAAACCAGAUGCAACACCAAAUGCCACUGGCCCAAUGCCGCUCACUCCCAGCCGGAGCAUUGCAACUGGCGGCAAGACGGCAGCGCCCGCAGGACUGGGUCUGCAUUUGACGGAACAUGACAGGACAGUGGCUUCUCAGGAGCUGACUCCGCCUCCGGAGAAGUCAUUCGGUAUGCCCCAAUCGCCUAAGAAAGCUGUCAGUAAGACCUCUGGGAGAUCUCUGAGCGAAGCGAUUGCAGCUCAUUUCCCGUCGACGCCGAAAUCUACCGACAAAGCUGACUUCGACACGGAGGCAAUCCUCUCGUCGAAGAGCACGGCGGUCGAUCCCAUCAAAACCACUUCUAAGCAAGUGUGGGAAGUGUCUGGCGACGGCAAGCAGACUCAAUUGAGUGAAGAGCAACAGCACUUGCUCUUUGAAGACACACUCUACCUAGUCGUUCAUGUUUUCGAGACCAUCAAGACCUCAAAGAAGUCUACAGAAUGCUACCUCUGGACAGGUGACUCAGUCUCUAGUUCUGCGGCCGAAGACGCCCAGCUCUUCUGUCGCAAGAUUGCUCGCGAGAACAGUGCGAAGCUCGAAGUGCUCAAACAAGGAAAAGAGAGCGCCAAUUUCUUCGCGGCUCUCGGGGGUAUUGUUGUUACCCGUCGCUCUAAAGCUUCAGCACUUUACAUGCUCUGUGGCCGGCGGCAUCUGGGCCACAUUGUCUUCGAUGAAGUUGACUUCUCGCCCGCCUCCCUCUGCUCUGGAUUUCCCUACCUCAUCUCGGCGAAAUACGGCAAGCUAUACUUCUGGAAAGGCCAAGGUAGCUGUGGAGAUGAGAUCGGCGCUGCGCGGCUUACGGGCAUGGAUCUCGGGCUGACAGGCGAGAUCGAGGAGGUUGUGGAAGGCAAAGAGCCUUCCGCAUUCUGGCACUCGUUCCCGACGUCUUCGAAGACCAAGGCGCGCUUUGAACCCAGUGACAUAUGGGCUAUGCGCAGCAUGGACGAGAAGAGAGGCUUCCCCUGCAGACUCUACCGCCUGGAGCUAGAACGACCCAAGAGCAGCGGUGGGAGUUUCUGGGGUCUGAGGGCCUCAAGCCCGACCAAGGAGUCCAACAAGAUGACCCUGACCGAGAUCGAGCCGUUCGUGCAAGCGGAUCUCGAUGCGGGUGGCGGCAGCAGUGUGCACGUCCUCGAUGCUUGGGCCAGUAUCUAUAUCAUACCCGGCACUUCUGCCAGAGCUACCGACUUCGUCACGGCGUUACACAUCGCGCAGGAGAUGGCGGUCCUUACUCCAUCGAUGCAGGACCGUGCGCUUCUGCCCAGCUGUGAAGUCGUGCUUGGUGGUCAUCCACCUCGCGAGGCGCGUGCCGCGUUCAGAAAGUACGGUGCAGUCGAGACGCACAGCGAGGGUAAGACGUGGGAGGUCGCUGAGGUUUUGAGCGCUUUGGACUGA